AUGACUUUUUCUACUUCCAGAGAAAGAACUCAUAAUCAUCAUGAUGGUAGAAUUAAUAGAAUACAUGGAAAUGAGUAUAAUCAUUUUAGAGGUUCAGCACAGAAAUGUUAUGAGUAUAGUAUAGAUGGAAAAAAUUAUAAAACUAAUAGUUAUUUAGGUACCUCUAAAUAUUCAACUUUUCAUUAUAAUGAUAGUAAGUAUAAAUAUAAAAGUAAAUGGUAUUCUAAAUCGGAACCAAAUAUUAAUUUACUAUCAAAAACAGAAGUAGAAAAAAAUCAUGAUAAAGAAACUUGCAAAAAUAAUAUAUCAUGUUCAAAAGAUUUGAAAAAAGUAUUGGAUAAAAAAACUUUUAAAAUAAUUUCAAAACCUCAGCAUGUACCAGAGUGUCAUUAUCCGAGAUAUUUAGAUCAAAAGAAAAUUAAAUGA